AUGGAGAUGGUGUGCCUGCAUGCAGUGCUGAUCCCCGUGCAGUGCGUCGCUGCCGUGACCUGGCUGUACCUGGCCAAGCAGACCUCCCUGCAGGUGUCCCUCAGGGACCCCAGGGGCUGUGAUGGUCUGAUGGGGUUGGUAGAAGAGCAGAUCCGCAUUUGCCAGCGGCAGGUGGAAGCCAUGGAUGCAGUGAAGCAAGGUGCCGAGCUGGCUGUCCAGGAGUGCCAACACCAGUUUCACUCUCGCUGCUGGAACUGCUCCACCCUGCAGGGGCUGCAGGUCUUUGGCAAAGUGGCCGUCCAAGGCACAUGGGAGGCUGGUUUCAUCCACGCCAUCUCUGCUGCUGGCAUUGCUUUUGCUGUGACCUGUGCCUGCAGCCACGGGGAGCUGGAGAAGUGUGGCUGCAACUGCAAGAUCCGAGGAGCCAGCCCUGAAGGUUUCCAGUGGUCGGGCUGCUCCGAUAACCUGUUUUAUGGAAUUGCCUUCUCUCAAGCCUUCGUGGGCAACCCAGAGAGGAGCCAUGGUGUCUCCUCCGGCCAAGCACUCAUGAACCUGCACAACAAUGAGGCUGGGAGGAAGGUGACCCUCGCAGUGGAUGAGGAAAAGGCUGUGGAUGUUGUCUACCCGGACUUUAGUAAAGCUUUUGACACAGUUUCCCACAGCAUUCUUCUGGAGGAGCUGGCAGCCCAUGGUUUGGACGGGUGCACUCUUUCCUGGGUUAAAAACUGGCUGGAUGGCUGA